AAAGGUUUGAAAGGCGGAGCUGCGAGGAAGGCACUGGAUUUGGAGCCUAGAAGCGGUGCAUCGUAUGUUCUUUUGGCGAACAACUGCUUCCAAGUCGACUAGAAGCACAGAUACGGGCUUGCUAUAGGAGCACUGGCUCCGAGCUAUUGACAAAGAAUGGCUGCUUUUUGGGUACUAUUGGUCUUUGGCGCUCUGGUCGCGGCAAAUGACGAACAUCAGCCUCUGUCCAAGAUUUCGAUUCACAGGUCUGCUGUUCGGCUUCAAUCUUCGGCCAGUAUCACCGCUUCUCCACAAGUGCUUGGUCUCAAGGGCGUAAACGUAGACAAUGUGAGAGUUAUCUUUCAAAUGCCAAUUGGAGCCUCGAGCUCUGACUGGAUUGGUGUAUUUUCACCGUCCAAUUUCAGCUCCAAACUGUGCUUGAGUGAUCAGCUGGGUGAAGAACCGAGGUUGUGCAAUGCGCCAAUCAAGUAUCAGUUUGCCAACAUGUCGGACUCUCAAUACGCCAUGAGUGGACGGGGGGAACUUACGUUUCGACUCAUAAACCAGCGUCAAGAUUUUGCUUUCGGAUUGUUCAGCGGCUACCUUGACAAGCCAGUUCUCGUGGCUGUUUCACAACCUGUCGCCUUCAAGAACCCCAAAGCUCCAGUUUCCCCGAGACUGGCUCUAGGCAAGGAUUGGAAUGAGAUGACUGUUACUUGGACGAGUGGAUAUUCUAUUUCUGAAGCAAAGCCUUUUGUUCUUUGGGGUCCAGAAGAUGAGAAAUACGCUUUUCGUGCUCCAGCCUCCACCCUCACCUUCACUCAAAAGGAUAUGUGCGGUGCACCAGCAAAUACAGUCGGCUGGCGUGAUCCUGGCUACAUCCAUACAAGCUACCUCAAGAAUCUCUGGCCUAGCACAACGUACUUUUAUAAGAUUGCUCACAAGUUGAAGAGCGGGGACACCGUUUACGGUCCUGAGAAUCAUUUCAUGUCAUCUCCAGCUCCAGGACAAGAUUCCUUGCAACGAGUUGUCAUAUUUGGUGACAUGGGAAAGGUGCGUAUUUUCGUGAACCAAAAACAAAAUACUGAGUUUCCUUACUGGCAGGGUGAACGGGACUUGUCGAACGAGUACAGUGACUAUCAACCUGGUGCGCUGAACACGACGGAUCGCCUGAACGAGGAUCUUGACAACAUCGAUAUGGUUUUCCAUAUCGGUGACAUCACUUACUCCGAUGGAUAUCUUUCCCAGUGGGAUCAGUUCACGGAGCAGAUUGAGAAAAUUUCUUCACGAGUGCCAUACAUGAUUGCCAGUGGAAACCAUGAAAGGGAUUGGCCUCUCUCCGGCUCGUUUUACAACGUUACAGAUUCCGGUGGUGAAUGUGGUGUUCCAGCUCAAACAGUGUUCAACAUGCCAGCGAAAAAUAGAGCCAAAUUUUGGUAUUCAGCUGACUACGGAAUGUUUCGUUUUUGUGUUGCCGACUCCGAGAAUGACUGGCAGGAAGGCAGCGAGCAGUAUAAAUUCAUAGAGGAGUGCUUGUCGAGCGUGGACAGGCAAAAGCAACCAUGGCUCAUCUUCAUCGCACACCGUGUUCUUGGCUACUCGUCGGGGUGGUUCUACGCCACACAAGGCACCUUCGCAGAGGCCAUGGCCAGAGAAACAUUCCAAAAGCUCUGGCAGAAGUACAAAGUGGACCUCGCAUUCUAUGGUCACCUCCACCAUUACGAACGAACUUGCACCGUCUAUCAGAACCAAUGCGUGGGGAAGGAAACCGAGAACUACUCCGGGAAGUUCAACGCGACAAUUCACCUGGUAGUCGGCGGUGCCGGCGCUCACUUGGCAGACUUCACGCCGAUCAACACGACAUGGAGCCUAGUCCGCGACAGAGACUACGGUUUCGGCAAGCUGACCGCGUUCGAUCACUCGACUCUCCUGUUCGAGUACAAAAAGAGCAGCAGCGGCGAUGUCUACGACAAGUUUUGGAUCAAACGCGAGUACAUGGACGUGCUGGGCUGUGAUACUCUCCGAAACUGUCCAGAGGUGGCGCUGGGGCGGUGACGCUGAGGAGAAAAUUCUACUCACAAGGUACAAUUUUUCUUUCCAUGCUACAAACGUGAUAAGAAUGAUAAAGAAAUUGUGCCAAGAGACUUGCUUUAAAUGGAUCUCGGCCUCUCGCCCCGACAAAGGUUCCAGUCA